AUUUCCCUAUUGCUAUUUGUCAUGUGUUCCUAAAAUUAGCAUAUUUCCAAUGUUCUCUUCAUUAUAGGCAGCGCAUACACGAGUGCCCUAGAGGUUGGUGGUUUGGUGGGAAGAAUAGCAGCUGGUUUGUGGUUUGAAGAUGGGAUUAAGAAGUCAUGGUAAUCCUUGGCAUGGUCUCCUCCUCUCUAUGAUGACUAGAAUGGCUGUAUCUUUGUACUUGUUUUGUGUUACUGUCACUGCAGGAUCUUCAAAGAUCUGGAUCUUGAUACUGGGAGCUGCAUUUGGAUUUUCUUCAUACAGACCUAUUCCACUGUUUGGAGUCAUUGGCAAUGAGAGUGCCCCUUCCAAUUUCAUUGGGACAUGCUAUUGUGGCCCUCUCUGCAAACGUGGGUGGAUUCCUUGCAGGACAUUUAGCACGAUUGCCAAACACUAUGGUUGGGAUUGGGACACAGCAUUUUGGGCAGCUGAGAUGACCUGCUUAGCUAUUACAAUCAUAUUUUUUCUUCUAAGGAAUAUACAAAGAUGGGCCGUCUAUAGAAGAAAGUGGACUGAAUUGGGUGCACUGAACCAUCCACAUUUACAAACACCCCUCAGGACCAUGGAAAGACUUCACUCAAAGGGAAGAGGGGGUGGAUGGUUUCAGGAUUCCAUUUUCUUUCUCAAACAGGACCUGAAAAACUUGACUUGUGCCAAGAAAAUGCCAUGUUCUCUUACCAUUUCAAUCCCAAGUGAAACAGUGUCAUAUUAACACUGGAAAUCCCUAUUCUGCUCUUGUUGUAGUGAAAUAAAUACUGCUAUAAAAAAGCAGUCCUGUAACCAAACUUGCUGCUUAGUGUAUGCAUGUAGUUUUUCUAUAAUGUUAGUUAUCCAUAUGGAUGGAGAAAUGAAUGAAUUGUGAGUGAGCACUGGAAUGAAGUGUAAGAAAAUCAUUAUUUCAUAUCCUCUCUGUAAAGAAAUAAUUUCCAUCAACAAUAGACUUUAUUCUCCUUACCUGUUCGCCGCAAGUGGUCAUAUAGUUUGAAUUAGGUCUCUCCUCUGUAUGGACCAACAAGCUACAAAACAUACUUUUGUACAAAAUCUAGUAUUGUAUAUAAAUAAUAAUUCACAUUAAUAAUCCAUGUUUCAACAUCACAUGCAUUUCAUUGAGGAACCAUUUUCUUAUCUAUAAAUGUUUUCCUUUCAGCCCAUUCACUAAAUGGAGAACUCUAUGGAGCAUUCUGGAGUCUUCUGAA